GAAAUAUCUCUCUCUCUCAACUGGUUUCAAUUGUAUGCUGCAGCCUGCAUGCAUCUACCGAUCAUUUUCUUUUUAUGUGUUGAAAACAUAUCCCACCAGAUUUAUCUUCGAGUCAAGCUUUGAUCUGAAGACCAGGCCGCUGAAAUAAAGGGAGAAACUUUUGAAGGAAAAGUCCGAAGGGACCCGGGAAGAGCUCCGGAUAAGGCGUCGCCGAAGGGGAUGGCGUCCACGUCAGCAGCGCCGUCCAAUCCGGAUCGUACACGCCCGUCUUCUUCUCCUCCUCCUGUACAUUCAUUUGCCGAUCGGCUUCACUCCGAUCACAGUCUCAGAUUCGGGUCCUUGAACAUGGAUGAGAUCAUCAAGAGCAUUUAUGCGGAUUCCAAUGCGCUCGCCGAUAGCUGCUGCUCCUCCUCCGGCGGGAGCAAGAUGGUGGACGAUGUUUGGAGGGAGAUUGUGAACGGAGGCGGGGGAGCGGGGAGUGGGGACCCAGAGAUGACGCUGGAGGAUUUCUUAACAAAGGCAGGCGCGGUUAGGGAGGAGGAUGUUAGGGUUUCGCCUAUUCCUCCGCCGCCUGCCCCUGCUGCAGAUGUUAGUGGUGGAUUUAAAGUGGAUUCGCUGGUGAAUGUGGAGAAUUGUCAGUUUCCCGUGGUCAUGCAGAAUGGACCUGGUGGGUUUGGGUUGGAGUCGCUGCAUUUGGGGUUUGGGAAUGGCGUGGUGGCUAUGGGAGGGAACGGAGGCGCCAGAGGGAAGAGGAGGGCAAUGGCGGAGGAGAUUCCUCUUGAUAAGGCCACUCAACAGAAGCAGAGGAGAAUGAUCAAGAAUAGAGAGUCUGCAGCUAGGUCUAGGGAAAGAAAACAGGCUUACACUGUGGAAUUAGAGGCUCUGGUCGCACAAUUGGAGGAGGAUAAUGCAAGACUUUUGAUAGAAGUGGCAGAGCGGAAGAAAAAGAGGCUUAUGCAGCUAAUGGAGAAUCUGAUUCCAGUUGAAGAGAAGUGUAGACCACCACGACAUCUUCGGAGAGUCCGUUCCACAACCUGGUAGUAAAACUUCAUAUCACAAGCAGUAACAGCACGAGAGAGAAAGAGAGAUAGAGACUGGUUGGGUUAAUGUCCUUAAUGACUACUUGUGUGGGCACAAAUUCAAGAACAGGUAUCGGCUCUACGGCUCAAUCUUUCUGCAUAAACGGUUAGGGCACAAACCCGAUGUUUUAGACUAUCUAUAUAUCGUUAGAACAUAUGAAGAUUAACACGAAUGUCAGUAGAGUGACUAGUUUGUCUGCAGAAGAGCUUCCACACCACUGGGAUGGCAGGGAAGAAUGGUUGGUGAUCUUGGCCCCCCUACAUAAAUUAUUACUCUUUUUUUUGUGAAUUUGUGAAUGUGCUGUGUAGAGACUGAAUUAAAACCCAUAUUUUUGGGUUGCUACACCAAAUCAAUAAUAUAAAAUCCU